AAAACGUCAGACUCAAGACAAACAGCCUUGCGUAAAUUGUUGAGGAGUUUUAGGUAUAGAAUAAAGGGAAAACAAGACAUUGUAACGGAAUUUGACGACUUCUGUUGACUUUGGGAAAGCUAUGGCUGAUGAUGGCUCUCUCCUGGUCAGCCUUCUCACCCCUGUUAUCUGACCAUCUACUUACGGCAGAAGAAGGACACUCACUACUUAGCAGUAGUGCCCCCCCUCAGAGCCAGGCCUCAUCAUCUCUGAGAGGAAGGGACGUGGCCUCAGGCUAAAGAGACAGGGCAGGCCUGAGGUGGAUGUCUCCGGAGAAGGAACCAGUUCUGAGCUCCUAAACCCUCAUCUGACACAAAUACACAGACACACAGCCUCGGAGGCCGUCAGUGUCGGAGUUUCCACCGAGCGGAACAGUGUGCUCUCUUCUGUCCGUCUCCAUCCUCUCUCCACCCGGUGACAGGAUCAAGUGUGUCAGCGUGUGUGUGAGUGUGUGUGUGUGUGUGUGUGCAUGCGCGCCUGGAGUGGCCAUCUACCUCUUCCGUCGCGUCUGAAACCUCAGGGACCCCCUCCCCCUGCCGCCCCCCCUCGGGCUGUUUUGGCAGGCGCGGUGGGAUGCUGUGUCCGAGCCCGUCCACUGAUCGCCGUGUCCUCUUGCCGCCGCUGUGCCGUCUGCUGCUGCUGCUGGCGCUUCCGCUGGCCUAUCUGCUGGGCACCUCGGAGGCGAACGUGUUGGACAGCAUGCUGUUGAGCUCCAGGAAAGGGAAGUCGGACUCGGGGCAGGAGGAGAGCGGGAGUCCAGUGCCCAUCGCCCCCGAGAGGGUCCUGUGGUGCCACUGCUACCACCACUGUCCAGAGGACGCCAUCAACAACACCUGCAGGACUGAUGGGUUCUGCUUCACCAUGGUGGAGGAAGAGGAUGGAGGCCAACCUGUUCAUACAUCAGGCUGCCUGGGCUUGGUGGGCUCUGAGUUCCAGUGCAGGGAUACAGGGAAUUCUCGUCUAAGGAGGAUUCUGGAAUGUUGCACAGAUCAGGAUUUCUGCAACAGAGACCUCCACCCUACACUACCUCCUCUUAACACAUCUGGUUAUGUGGACAGUAGUGUCCACUACAUGGCCCUUCUCAUCUCCAUCACGGCCUGUUGCUUUGUCCUUGGCCUCAUCUUGCUCAUCUGUUACUGCAGGUACAAACGUCAGGAGUCGCGACCACGCUACAGCAUCGGUCUGGAGCAGGACGACACCUUCAUCCCUCCUGGCGACUCUUUGAGGGAGCUGAUCGAGCAGUCGCAGAGCUCGGGAAGUGGCUCUGGACUCCCCCUACUGGUCCAGCGCACCAUUGCCAAGCAGAUCCAGAUGGUGAAGCAGAUCGGUAAGGGCCGCUAUGGCGAGGUGUGGAUGGGCCGCUGGAGGGGAGAGCGCGUGGCCGUCAAAGUCUUCUUCACCACUGAGGAGGCCAGCUGGUUCCGAGAGACCGAGAUCUACCAGACGGUGCUGAUGAGGCACGAGAACAUACUGGGUUUCAUCGCCGCGGACAUCAAGGGCACGGGCUCGUGGACGCAGCUCUACCUGAUCACCGACUACCACGAGAACGGCUCCCUCUACGACUACCUGAAGUCCACAACGCUGGACACCAAGGCCCUGCUGCGGCUGGCCUACUCGUCCGUGUCGGGCUUGUGCCACCUGCACACCGAGAUCUUCGGCACGCAGGGCAAGCCGGCUAUCGCCCACCGUGACCUCAAGAGCAAAAACAUCCUGGUCAAGAAGAAUGGCACCUGCUGCAUCGCUGACCUGGGGCUAGCAGUCAAGUUCAUCAGCGACACGAAUGAGGUGGACAUCCCACCCAACACGCGGGUCGGCACCAAGCGCUACAUGGCCCCGGAGGUCCUGGACGAGAGUCUUAACCGCAACCACUUCCAGUCCUACAUCAUGGCCGACAUGUACAGCUUCGGACUCAUCCUCUGGGAGAUGGUGCGGAGAUGUGUGUCAGGGGGUAUCGUGGAGGAGUACCAGCUGCCCUACCAUGACCUGGUGCCGGGUGACCCGUCUUAUGAGGACAUGAGGCAGGUGGUGUGCAUCAAGAGACAGAGACCCUCGUUUGCCAACCGCUGGAGCAGCGACGAGUGUCUGAGGCAGAUGGGCAAGCUGAUGAUGGAGAGCUGGGCCCAUAACCCUGCCUCCCGCCUCACCGCCCUCCGGGUCAAGAAGACGCUGGCCAAGAUGUCCGAGUCACAAGACAUCAAGCUUUGAGACUGGACGUGGGUGGACGCCUGGGGGGACAGUUCGGGGAGAUUAGUUGGAUCCCUCAAAGAGGGCUGAAGGGUAACCUCUGACCUCUGAACUACGCCCCUGAAUCUGAGUCUCCUAACUCCUGGCGCUGUAGUGUUCUGCGUCCGGAGCGGAAGAGGCCGGAGGAGAUGGACGAGCCUGGGAAGACGGUGACGCAGCAGCCCCCUGCUUUCUGUGAAAGCUCCCAAGACUGAAUGGACCCCAUUUAAGGUGUGUGACUGUGGCAGGACUGCGCCCUCUAGUGGCGCGGAAGACUCCCUCCCUCCAAUACGUCCACAAAGCCAAACUGCAGAGACAUAUGAAGGAGGAGAAGAGGCAGCUCUUGUACAGUAGUCAUGGAAAGCCAUAUAUUUGUUCGAAUGGGCAUUGUUCCGUCCAUAUUCCGUCCACCCUAUGCUGGGAUGGUGGACAUUAGAGCCAUUAGAGUCUGUUUGUGAGACACAGCAGAUGAAGUAUUUCACGCAGUGUGGGGAAAACACCACUGCAUCUACGUAAGCUUUGGACUCCAUAUGCUAAAUGGUACAACCACAGUAUACAGGACUGGGGAACUCAACAAGUUCCCAAGA